UGGGUGGGGACUUCGGCGCGAUCCGCGCUGGGAGGGAGGGGAGAGGACAGGAGAGGAGGCGACGGGAGGCGCAGGGGUCAAGCCUCAGAGUCUGUCGGAGCCUCGGGCGUCUCAGGCCACCGGGCAGCCACUGGGGCACACGCUGCGGAACCCCUGCCACAAACUUCAAGUCGGGAGCGGGGGGAGAGACGCUGGGCACCAAGACGGGUGGUCGCCUGUCAGGAUGCCGCCCCCCUCCCCGGGGACCGCUAGAUCUACCCCAACUCUGCCGUCCCAGCCCCUGCUCCGGACACUUCACUGCUUUGGGUCCGCGAUGAAGCCCGGAGGCCCCACGACGACCCCGGAGUUCGAGUCGGCCGACGUGGCCCUGGGUCCGCCGCGGCCCUGGGCCGGCCCGGCUGACGUGCGGCUCUGCGGCCACCUGCGGAAGCAGAAGUCCCAGCGCCGCCGCUUCUUUGUGCUCCGCGCCUACCCGCAGCGCCUCGAGUGUUACGAGAGCGAGAAGAAGUUCCGCGCCGGCCGAGCGCCGCCCAAGUUCAGCGUGAGCCUGGAGGGCGCGUGCACCAUCAGUAAGCGCGUGGACGCGCGUCAGCGACACCUGAUCGUGCUCUACACGCGCGACCGCAGCCUGGGCGUGGCGGCGGCCAGCGAGGCGGAGCAGCAGGCGUGGUACAGCGCCCUGCUCCAGGCGCGCGCCGCCGCCGGUGAGGCCCGAGCCCCGGGUCCCGACUCCCACGAGGACCCCGGGGCCUGGAUCCUCGCUCCGCCGUUUCAGGACGUCUGGCCCGUGACGCUGCGGCCCAAGGGGCUGGGGCGGGCACGAGGCCUGGGCAGCGGCAGCUAUUGCCUGUGCCUGGGUUCCGGGGUACUGAGCCCGCUGCGGAAGCCCGGGGGCAGAAGCUCCGGGGCCUCCCGGCCAUCUCCGCCGCCGGCCCUGCGCUUGUCCCUGCUCAGGGUGCGCCGCUGUGGCCAUGCCGACGCUUCCUUCUUCCUGGAGCUUGGCCGCUCGGCACCCACGGGUCCUGGGGAGCUGUGGCUACAGGCGCCCGACGCCGUCGUGGCCCAAAGCAUUCACGAGACUGUCCUGGCCGCCAUGAAGCGAAUCGGGGACAGUGGUGCCGGUGGCAGGGCUGAGCCACUGCCAAGAAAGCCCCCGACGAGCGCCUCCACACUCUCUGUCCCCCAGUCUUAUGAGACCCCAGCCGAUGCGGCCCAAUCAAGCGGCCUGUACCGUCGGGGGCGCCUGAGGAGCCAGGAGUGA